CGGACAUUGCAGACACAGCGCAAGCGGGAACCACACAGGAGCUAUGGCUAGCAUGGAACAGCGAGUGCAACGUGUUCCCAGGAGAGUCUCCCUCCAGGAGAAGAACAGACUCUCGGAUCAGCUGCUUUCUAACGAGAUGAUCUCGCUGAUUGUCGACCACCAACUGCUGCUCUUCAAGAACAAGUUGACAACGUUAAAGCGUGUCUAUGCGCUGGAAAGAAACGACGAAAGAGAGCGCAAAAUCUUGAACGAUUGGAUAUACAUCGCCAGCAGUUACUCCUACAUCCUCUACGAGAACGACCUCGACUGCUGCGACGAACUGGCAGUGGAGAUCUUCAGCGCAUACUACCUCAUUGCCAAGCUCGUGUUCAUGCAGAUCAAGAAGUCCGCAGACGCUUUCACCUCGAUGAACAGCAAAGACUGGGCCAACAUGAACAUUCUUCUUACCAAAUACGAAGACCUCUUGGCAACGUCUCGACACAGCUACUUCCACACGGUAGCCCAGCUAGUGAACAAGCUCCCGUCAUCGGAUGACGCAGACUUGCAGCAGCGUUCCAAAAGCUUGGACAUCAACAACAUCAGGGAAGACAAGAAAAACUCCCCCGCGGAGUUCUACCCGCAAACAGAGCUAGGUGACGACGACGAAGACGAUGAUAAUUCCUCCACUUAUCACUCCUCCGACUCGUCCUUGGACGAACUUUACCACUCCCUGCUGCAGUCCAUGGACGCAGAAACACUUUUAGCCAUGGACCCUACAAACGUUGUAAUUUUGAAUAUCCAGUCCAGAAAUAUUCACUCCACAACUAGAAAAAUCUUAACACUCGAUCCCAACCUGAUUGUUGAGCCGCAUUAUUUCGCAACUUCCGUGCUACCCUACAUACAGCACGAGCAUACCGUGGUUUUCUUCUCUCGUUCGGAUACCGUCACAGAGAUAGAAGAUUCGGUCUACCUGCAACUACUAAAACAUAACUUCACCAAAAUCUUUUGGCUAAAAGGUGGCUAUUAUGCAUUUAAGGCAGAAUUUCUGAAAAAGCAGUCGGCAACUCCGAAACUACCGCAAUUCAACGAGUACUCAGAAAUACCUCGGCAAUCCCGAUCAUUGUCCAUCAAUUCCUCCCCAUCUCCGCCUCCAAUACCAAUAUCAAAACCCAACAUUACUCAAAGCACAGAACCAAGCAUAAAAGAAGCAAGCCUUUCUUCUUAUUAUCAGACCAACCCCUCUUUAAAUCAACAAAACUCCUCCUCACUUCUCCCCGUGGCAAACUCCAACUCAAAUCAAAGAUAUAGCCAUAGCUAUUCUUCCUUGGCCGAUUCUAAUUCAGGCUUACCUAAUGAUACAAAGACUCCAAACCAACUAUACACUUCUGUCGAAUUUAAUACGAAACAACCAACCGCACCAAAUGGGAACUCAAACAAUCGAUCACUACAAAGUUUUUCGGAACAAUUGUUCAAUAACAUGCAUUCUCAAGAUCAUCAUCAACAGAGCUAUCAAUCAGCACCCUUACCACCACCGCAACAGCUACCGCAAGCUACUUCACAACCUCCUCUAUCUCUUCCUCCAAUCCCUCCGGUACCAGUUGCACGGACAAUUCAGCCAAUACUAUCCGUUCCUUCAGCACCAUCAAUACAGCAGGUAACUCAAGCCCCUUCACCCCAAAAACUGUACCAGUUGUCAAGAUUAGACUAUAAGCCUUUAGUUUCAUUGAGAAAUUUGGGUUCAACAUGUUACAUCAAUUCAAUGAUUCAGUGUUUAUUUUCCCUGAAGAGCUUCAGGCAGUUCUUUAUCAAUGAUGAUAAACUCAAAACUUAUAUCCGUGAUCUAAAUAACAGAAACUUGAAAUUAACAUCUGGAUUUCAUGAAAUGUUCAACACAUUUUAUGACAAGUCUCCACAUAACUCCCUGCCUCCAGUUGUCGAUAUAACUAGAUUCUUGUCUAUUAUAGCAAGACUGAACCCUUCCUAUAAUAUUCCCAAUGAACAGCAAGAUACUUCACAAUUUUUAUACUAUAUUAUUGACGAACUACACAAAGAAUUGAAGUUUAGUUAUCCUCAUGCACGCGAUCUUGGGAUGAUUUCACCUACUAGAGACAAGGGCGAUGAAUUUUAUGACUGGCAACUAAAAACUUUACAGAACGAAGGAUAUAGUGUUAUUCAAAACCUAUUCAACACAAAGGAAGCGGUGGUAAUGAAGUGUAAUCGGUGCGGGUAUGUUAGUACCAGAUACGACACUUCAAUCAUGAUCCACUUGUCGUUGACAAGCACUAGCUGUUCAUUGAACGAUAUCCUGUCUCAAAACUUUGUUCCCGAGGAGAUGAGCUCCCGACUCGGAAAUGCAUGGGAUUGUGAUGGCUGUAACAAAGCCGAAAAAGAACUCGAAGAAUUACAAGAAAAGUUAGAAAGAGAACACGAUAUUAACCUCGCAAAUUCAAAACAGAAGGAAAAAGUAGAGAAGGAAAAGGAGAAAGAGAAGGAAAAAGAAAAGGGGAAGAGCAAGGAUAGUUCUUUAACGAAAAAGUUCUUCAGAAGACACAAUAAUAACAAGAGUAAGAACACUAAAGAAUCUAAGGAUUCUAAAGAUUUCGAUAACGGUAACAAUAAGGUCGAACCGCAAGAACUUACUGAUUUUGCAUCAAACACUUUGACUGAUAAGGAGAAGCAAGAGUACAACAGGCUAGCAGACAUUUUUACCAGAGAGAGGAUCGCUUAUAGGUCGGUUGAAUUCAUCGACCUACCAGAUGUUUUGGUCUUAUGUUUGUCAUUGUUCAAUCCAAAUCAACAAGAUGCUAAGGUUAUUUUAAAGAAUCUGAAAUUCCCGGAGACACUGAAUAUGGAGUUCGACAAUUGUUGCCGCGUUUACAAGCUCAAUUCAUGGAUUGAUCAUUUAGGUGCAAGUAUAGAUUCAGGACAUUAUACUGCCACUGUUCCGUUCCAACAAAAUUCUUGGGUAGUUUGUGAUGAUGAGAGAUUGAUGGCUACCCAGGAUCGCUCUAACGGAGUUGUUCGAGACAGUAGUGUCUACUUACUCUUUUACGAAGCAGUCAGCUCAUGAACUUUUCACUCUUGCCACAAAUCUACACAAUUAGAAACAGUCACAAAAUUUCUUAUAUACUAUGCAUAUUUCAUAAUUGUAAACCAAUAAAAAUAAUGUUGAGAUGAUAAUGAUACACCAC